GUCAACUCGUUAGAAUCGUCUCUCCAACCACAAAUUUCCCUUUCCUUUCCUUCAUUUCAUCUCUUUACCUCUCUAAGUAAAAAAAGCGAGGCAAAAUUAUAAAAAAGAAAAAUCCAAUACUCGAAGAAGAAGAAGAAGAGCAUGGAUUCCUCUGAAUCAAACGAAAAUCACCAGAUCGCCAGCAACAGCAACUCUCACUCAAACGCCAACGAUCACGGCUGGCAAAAAGUCACUUACCCCAAGCGCCAGCGAAAGCAGAGAUCCGCUGCAGAUUCCGCCGCCAAUAAUUCUCAUCCAAUCGCCAAUGACAGCAACAAGCCAAAUAAUGUCUUCCGAUCUCUUGAGCUUCAAUCCGAAGACCGCCGCCGUAAAAUUCUCGAAUCUCAGAGCGCCGCUGCUGAUGCCGCCGCCGUUGUUGAUACUCGAUCGAGAUCGAAGCAUCACCACCGAUCCGAUGACGACGAUGACGACGAUUACGAAAGCGAUGAUGCUGGAGUUUCCAAGGAGAAUGCCAAGGCUGAAGAGAAGAAAGUGAAGCAGAAGAAGCCUAAGAAACCUAAAGUGACUGUAGCUGAUGCCGCCGCUAAAAUUGAUGCCGCCGAUCUUGCUGCCUUUCUCUCUGACAUAUCGGGGUCAUAUGAGGGUCAGCAGGAGAUACUGCUGAUGCGAUUCGCGGAUUAUUUUGGGAGGGCUUUUUCGGCAGUGAAUUCGUCGCAAUUUCCUUGGGUUAAGAUGUUCAGGGAGAAUACUGUGGCCAAGCUCGCCGAUAUUCCACUGUCUCAUAUUUCUGAUGCUGUUUAUAAAACAGCCGCUGACUGGAUUAACCAACUGUCCAUUGCAGCGCUUGGUUCAUUUGUACUAUGGUGUUUAGACAGCAUUCUUGCAGACUUGGCAAGCCAGCAAGGUGGUUCUAAAGGCUCUAAAAAGGGCAUUCAGCAAGCAUCAUCAAAAUCUCAGGUCGCAAUGUUUGUGGUUCUGGCAAUGGUGUUGCGACGAAAACCUGAUGCUUUGGUUAAUGUAUUGCCAACACUUAGGGAAAGUUCAAAGUAUCAAGGACAGGACAAACUUGUGGUUAUUGUAUGGAUGAUAGCACAGGCCUCUCAUGGUGAUUUGGCAGUAGGAUUGUACUCUUGGGGUCAUAACCUUCUGCCUAUAGUGAGUGGCAAAAGCUCUAAUCCACAGUCCAGGGAUAUAAUUUUGCAGUCAGUGGAGAAAAUUUUGGCUGCUCCGAAAGCUAGAUCAAUAUUGGUAAAUGGUGCUGUUAGAAAGGGGGAGCGCUUGCUGCCACCUUCUGCACUUGAAACACUGUUACGAGUUACCUUCCCUUCAUCUUCAGCUAGACUAAAGGCUACUGAAAGGUUUGGGGCAAUCUAUCCCACCCUAAAAGAGGUGGCUCUUGCCGGUGCUCCUAGAAGCAAAGCAAUGAAACAAGUAUCACAGCAGAUACUGAGUUUUGCUCUAAAAGCAGCUGGAGAAAGCAUUCCUGAGUUAUCUAAGGAAGCUGCUGGCAUUUCCAUCUGGUGUUUGACCCAAAAUGCUGAUUGUUAUAAGCAAUGGGAUAAGGUUUACCAGGAUAAUCUAGAAGCUAGUGUUGCUGUUUUUAAAAGACUCUUGGAGGAAUGGAAGGAGCUUUCAGUGAAACUGGCUCCUCUUGAUCCUAUGAGGGAAACUAUCAAGAACUUUAGACAGAAGAAUGAGAAAGGAAUGGAACCUGAAGCUGAUGCUACUCGUCAAGCACUCUUCAGGGAGGCAGAUAAGCACUGCAAGACACUAUCAAGAAAAUUAUCGCACGGCCAUGGUUGCCUUAAAGGUAUGGCCGUUGCUGUCAUCGCAUUGGCCGCUGGUGCUGCCAUCAUGUCAUCAAACAUGGAGUCCUGGGAUUGGAAGGAGUUGCCUGUAUUUAUUAGCUCUCAAUUCUCUUUCUAAGGAGAGAGUUUUAUGAUUGUCAACAACCAUUGGUGCAAAGCAUCGCCUUGUUUUUUCUUUUUAGGAUACCAGCUUUCCUCAAUUUUGCACUCUUUAUAUUUAACGGAGAAGGGCCAAAAUUUUUGAUAAA